AUGGGUCUCAAGAAAAAGAAAAACGUUAUUGUUUUAACGUGUUUUAUGGUUGCUUGUUUCAUCAUGUAUCAGCUGUAUUUCUUUUUAACUAUAACCUCAGAGACUAACAAUAAUAUCGUGGUGCCGGUGCUGGAUCACGAGAAUCUUAAGGACUUGCUACACUUGCGUUCUGAAGACGACAAAUAUAUAAAUGAGCACGGUAUGAUACGUGGUAUCUACUACACAGACGUGAAGACUUACCGGCCAGAUUCAAACAAUGAAUUCAAAUGUAAAACUAGUCAUCAAAAAAUUUCCUUCGAUCAAGUUAACGAUGAUUACUGUGAUUGUGAAGACGGAACAGACGAACCUAGCACAGCGGCAUGUCCUGAUGGCAUCUUUUACUGUGAUACACAAUACCCUAGGAGUGAAAUUUUAUCAGUGCCGUCGAAUAAGGUAAACGAUGGUAUAUGUGACUGUUGCGACGGUUCCGAUGAGUGGCUCCACGGUAAAGAUGAUAAAAUCUUGAGCCAAAGUUCACAAAAACACUAUAGAUAUUAUGUAGCCAAGUGCCCUGAUUACUGUAACAAAUGAAAUCGCUCAAUUCGUUUAAGAUAGCUGUAUAUAUUUACUGUAGCUGUAAACAGUAAUGUGUUAAAACUCAUGGUAGUCAUACAUUUUAGUGAGAAGAACCAAAAUAUGAUAAAUUAGUGCACUUAAUCUACGUUUUCUAUCUUAACUUGAUAAGGCAGAUAAAUGGAUAAAGUUAUCUUAAUCGUAAGCGACUAUAUCUAAUAAGAUUUUUUUUCAUGGUCAUCAUGAACACUUUUGAUUCUAUGAGACUGACUGAUUAUUAUGAUCUCAACGACCAUGGAGUCUAUAACUUUGUUGAAUUAUCAGUAGUACCAAAAUAACAACUGAGAAAAGUCCCAUAGAGUCAAAACUACAUAUCAAAUAAGUUAUUGUAAAUAGUUAAAGGUUUGCCUUGGCAUGGUUAUAUUGGUGGCUACUUUAUCAAAGGAGAAUAAAAGAUUAACUUGCAGCAUAA